UUUCCCCCAAUUUCUUUCACAAAUUACCCAUUAAAAAAAAUCCCAAACAGCAAAACAAAAUGAGUGUCAAUCUCUCGCAAAUUUCGUUAUUUCGGUUAGAAUUCGCGCCACCCAAAUCUAAUCUUCCCUCAAAAUCUCACUUCAACAUCUAUACAAAAUCACCACUCACAAGACUUUCUUGCGCUCGUCUUCCCCAGAACACCCCACCUCCACAGCAGCUCAAUCUCUCUGUUCUUCGCUUCACACUCGGGAUACCUGGUUUGGAUGAAUCAUAUUUACCCAGAUACAUUGGCUAUACAUUUGGGGCGCUUUUGAUGUUAAAUCAUUUUGUGGGCUCAGAUUUGUCUUCAAUUACUUCAGCUCAGCUUAGAUCAGAAGUUCUGGGUCUUUCUUUGACUGCAUUUUCUGUAGUCAUUCCCUAUCUUGGAAAAUUUCUCAAGGGUGCUACUUCGAUUGAUCAGAAGAGUAUACCUAAAGGAGCGGAGCAAAUCUUUGUCAUGUCCCAAAACAUUUCAGAUACUCUGAAGGAAGAUUUGGCUUGGGGAACAUACAUUCUAUUGCGUAACACAAACUCGAUAUCUGUGUUUGUCUUAGUUCAAGAUGCGUUGUGCGUGCGUGGCUAUUGGAACACACCCAGAGACGUCUCCAAAGAAAAUGCACUCGAUUGGUUUAGGAGACAAACACAGCGAUUUGGAUUCUCCAACUUGAAGGAUACCAUUUACCUUCCACAGGUAGCAGAUUCCGAACUGCUGGGGAUGCUUCCCAAGGGCACUCGUACUCUACUCGGACAACCGAUUUUUCCCUCUCCCAUACUGAGCUCCAGUCAAGUGAGUCAACCAGAGAAGGUUGAGGGUUUUGUACUGCUGGCUUCUACUGUUGAUUAUGCAUAUAGCGAUAAAGAUAAAGCCUGGAUAGUAGCCGUUGCCAACAAGUUUAGAGGUAGGGACAUUCGCUAAUGUGUGAUGCAUAAGGAACAUCAUUAAUCUCUGUGCUUAUUAAUCCACAGGGAUAAGACGUUACAGAAAGCAGCAAUUAUUAUGUUAUCGAUAUAUACUGAUCUGCUUCGUGAAGACUAUUUCAUGUCUAAAAUUCCUUUGGGAUAUAUGCAUAAAGUGAGCCGGGCUGCUCAGGUCGAGAUGACGUGAAA